AUGCGCUCAGUAGGUAAAUGGUGGCUAAAUGGAAGACAAAUGUCAACUUUAAAAAAUGUGUCAAAAAAGAAAAUAGCCACCAGUGAUAUAACAAUUGAUUUAAUAUUUCUUGAAAAAUCUUCAUUAUAUCAUCAUUCUAUUGUACUUGGUGUAUUAACAUUAUCAAAACACACUGAUUGGUUUCGUGCAAGAAAAUUUUGGAUUAAUGUUGAAGAAAAUCCAAAUAUUACACUUAAAGAUCACUUUAUUUUUAUUUGA